AUGGUUCGAGACAAAGACAGAGACGGUGAUGAAUCUUCGGCGCCCAGCCAAUCAAGACGCCCUCCUCUCAAUCAUCAGGAGAGCGAUUCGACAAACAGCGACCAGGCUCACCGAGACCACCAUCAUCAGCACCGGUCGAAAUCCCAGAAGCACGUUGUCGGCGGUGGUCGGCUACAUGCACGCGUUCCUUCCUCCAAAGCAUUACACAAACACCAUGGCUCGACUGCCUCAAAACUGAACAAUAAUCGCCGACAAGCAUCCCCUUCGCCCGAUCGAAAUCGCGCCUCCGCAGCUGGCCAUCGCCGAGUCCAAUCCGAGGCGAAGCUUUCCCACGACAGCUCCUCUGCCAACCUCAGCAAAACCGCCUCCGCCACGAGCUUACGGCGGAAUAAAUCCCACGGCGAAGUCAAUAAGCCCGCAAAGAUCAAAUCGGUGGAGAAACUCAAGAGAACCAGCUCGAAUCCAGCCGUGAACAAGGUCAAGUCGCAAAAGUCACAGGUACACUUUGACUUGGGUAACGACGGCCAAGACGACGAAUGGGUUGACGCCAGCACAUCCGCUUCACCAUACCUAUCAAGACGAGGGUCGCUAGCCAGUACACAAGCUUCUGCGAAGCCCGACGACGGCAGCAGCAGCGCAAAUAACUCUGCCAGCAACUCCGCGAAUAACUCCAGAGCAGAAACUCCCGCGGUGCAAUCAUCACCUCUAGUCCCAGCGACACCCGAUCGCGAGACCGUACAGCACAAGGCCUAUCUGACCUCGAGAUUACUUCAACGCACCCCUUCCCACGGCGCACCUCCCAAGAUGACGGCAGACACAGUGUCCGUCUCGCGGCGGGGCAACUCCUCAUCCCCCGAUUCCAUCGGCCGCGGCUCGACCCUAGGCGACUCCCACAAUGUCAGCACCUUACCGGGUAGCGCCGGCGACGAGCUUAUUUCGAGGUUCGUCAAUGCGGGAAGCUCCGGCGCAGCGCGCGAAGGAUCUUUCUACCAGCUUCCAACCCCUGGCCCGGCGAGCUUGCGGUCGGAGGAAAACCCCCCUCGAGGGCGGCCGCAGUCCUCGGGAUCCGGACGCCAAGGAAGACACCGCGAUCUGCCAUUGUCAGACGAUGAAGAUGGCGACAGUGCUCUCGAGACUCGCAAAGGCCGCGACACCGACGGUACAGCGCUUGCGCCGCGGUCAGCUAGGCGCUCCGCCCAGCCGGCCGAGAAGUCGCGAACGCAGCAGAAGCUCAACCUGCAGCGCGCCAGCUCCGUCAUUGAGCCAGGUCAGGCGGUGGGAGGAGGCGUGGGCGCAGUGGGCGCGAGUCCCCUGGUCGGCAUUGGCGGGCCUGGCUACGAUGGCGGCGCGAGCCGCGACCCACGCGUCGCGAAGCAGCUGGAACGGACAGGGAUGGAGUAUCUCAGCGUCCGCCGUUUCCAGAACCCCGUGGUGCGUUCGCUCGAUCGCCUUGCGCAGGUCAACCGCGCGAACAAGACUCAGCGGAUACCGCGCAACGGGAACGCCAAUGGCAACGGCAAAGCUGCGUCGGUGCGGGGAGGCGUCACUCCGGGAGGGCAACAUAUGCGCAACUCGAGCUUGAACGAGGCGGCUCUGGCUGCGGCAUCGGGCGGCACCGGCUCUACUCGGAGACCCGUCACCCCGCGCGCUUAUUCUAUCCGGACCAACGGGGCCGGAUCUAGCUACGAGGCCGACGGCGACGACCAUCAGAGCAGCCGGGCCUUGCACGAGGGAACGGGCGUCCAGGGCCUCAGUGGGUCGAGUCUAGUGGGCGGAGAGGAAGACGAGGGUAUCACGGCGAUCCUCCGCAACCUGUGGGAGAAGAAUCCGGACCUUAGCGCCAGCCAGGAGUAG